AGAAGAGGGCAGAAAGCGAGGUCGCUCAAGCUGCACGCGGCUUGGGGGUCAAAAUGUCCCUAGCAAUGCAGCUCUGGUAACCUUAACCUUCCUCGCUCAAGGUCACCUCCGGAAGGGUGUGCGUGGGGAUGACUGUACUUCCGGCAGGUGAUGUGCAUCCUCUGUGCAUAUAUAUAUAUAAAUAAACACACUGGUGGCAGCAGAGUCCAGACCAUACACACGAUACGUGAAUGGGGUGUCACCUGACGGACCACGCUUACAAAUUUGUCUCAAAUAGAAAUAUUAUAGACCGAGUUUCCAUGAUUAACAUAUUUAUAUGUGCGGUUAAUUUAAUUUUAUAAUUCUUUAACAAGAGAUAGAAGUGAAUUGGUUAUUUAAAAAACUUUAGACCCCCUCCCCCAUAUCUGAAAUAGUUUCCCAACCACCUCUUUCCCUUCCCGGUCGUUUGCUGUAAAUACUGCUAAUCUAACAAUCCUCUUGCAUACGCACAACAAAGCACAAAGAUAUUUAUUCUUCCUUCUAACAAAAAAUCGAAGGAACCACAAAGUCAUCGAAACGUGCUACAAUAUGAAUGAAAAAUGUAACAGUCUGACGAGAGCAAUAGUGGUGUUGUUGACGUUAGGAGGAUCGUGGGGCUCGCCCUUACUUACCCAGGAAGAAAUUCGAAGUCUGCAGGCGGAGGAUCCCGUGUCCUAUUCGGGCUACAAGCUCUUCCGCACUGACGUGGCCUUGGAGGAACUGCCUGUCGUCGAUUCCCUCGACAAUUCGCACGGCGUCGAUGUCUGGUCCUGGCGCAAAAAGGGCAAUGAACCCCAUUACGAGGUGGACCUACUCACGCCUCCCUACGCUGAACAGAAGGUCCGCGAGGUCUUCACAGAGUACAGCCUCAAGUACCACGAGGUGAUUGACGACCUGCAGAGCGCCAUCAACCUGGAACUCGGCGACGACGAGUUCUUCUCCUGGAACCGUCCUGCCCAUCCUAUGACAUGGCACAAGUACCACUCCGUCCAAGAAAUGGACCAGUACCUGGACUACCUACAGGCUCAGUACUCCCACCUCAUCACCGUAGAGGAAAUUGGCAAGUCCUCUGAGAAUCGAACCCUGCGAGUAGCUAAGGUUUCCAGUGGACCUAACAAACCUGCUAUUUUUAUCGAUGGAGGGCUUCAUGCUCGUGAGUGGAUCUCCCCUGCUACUGCCAUGUACAUACUUCAUCGAUUAGUCGAGUUCAGUUGGGAGGAACCAGAUCUCAUCAGUAACUUUGAUUGGUACAUCAUGCCCAUGGGCAACCCUGAUGGUUAUGAAUAUUCUCGCCUUCAUGAUCGCCUCUGGCGAAAGACUCGCUCGGUCAACCAUGGAUACCCUAAAUGUUUUGGAACGGAUCCCAACAGGAACUUUGGCUACAAGUGGCUUACAGGUGGUUCAUCCACGAACCCUUGCAGUCCACUCUUUGCUGGACAUGCGGCUUUUUCUGAACCGGAGACAAAGGCCAUCAGAGAUUUUCUUUUGAACCAUGCAGACCAGGUAAAGGUGUAUGCAUCCAUUCAUGCAUAUUCUCAAAUGUGGAUGUUACCUUGGGCAAGUUCACUCGAAGCUCCAUCCAACUACAAAGACAUGAUUGAUAUCGCAAAACUAGCUAUACAGGCAAUUCAUAAAAACUCUGGAACAGAGUAUACUUAUGGCCAGGUCACCGAACUCCUUUACAUUGCCUCUGGGUCUUCAGGAGACUAUGCAUACAGUAUUGGGAUACCAUACAGUUUCAGCUUGGAACUCCGCGACUUGGGACGCUAUGGAUUUAUCCUACCCAAGGAACAAAUUGAACCUACAGGAAUUGAAACUUACCAGGGAAUUAAAGCCAUGGCCCGAGGUGUGUAUGACAAGCUCUUCCCAUCCAAUCAAAUUUAAGAUUCUAUAGAAUAAUUCUAUUUCACUCUACUUGAAAACCCUCUUCAUACUAAUACAAAAUUAUAUGAUCUUUUCUUUGAUAUAACAAAACUCUGUUCAGUUACCUGAUGCCAAUUCUGCAGUUUAUUUUCAAUUUUUAAUUUUUCCACUUCAACAUCACCGAGAAUCAAGAGUUCAUAAAGUGACAAGUACAGAAUUACAGACUGUGUAAUUCUUUGUAAGACUUUCUGAAUAAAACAUUGCAUAGUGUGUGUUCACACACAGCUGAUCAUAGCCGCUACAAAUCGUGUAAACAAAUUAAUAAUGUAUAUACUUUGUAUAAUUUUCAUGUUGGCUACUUAAGCGCUUUCUCCUGAUAGUUUCUUUCCUUUCCCGGUACUGCAGAGGCCUCGCAUUUAAGUAAAUCAGUUAUUUUCUUUUUUUAGCAAACUGAAAAUGGGUCAUGGCACAUUACAAUUCAAUUUCUUGCCUUCCUGUUUCAUAACUACAUUUCUAUCUCAUAAUUUAUUAUAUCUCACUGUGUAAGAUUAUAUUUUAUUUAUUAUUUAUUUAUAACUGUAUGAAACAAUGAAUGCCUUAGAAUAUUUAUUACUGAGUGCAUAUAGCUUUUAAUAUGUAAUUGUUCUGUAGUCAUGGUAUAUACAAUGCAGCAACUGUAUUUAUUAAAUAUAUAACUUAUUACAUAAAUAAAUGGGGUGGCAGACAGAAUAUUUAUAUACUGUAGCCUCA